AUGAGGCUGUCAAUAUCGUGUGACGCUUGUCGACAAGCAAAAGUCAAAUGCGUCCAUGAAGGGCAACCGCCCUGUCAACGUUGCUUGAAAACCAAGAACCAAGGAUGUAGUUUGACAGAUCCCCGUGCCUCAAGACAGAGGACACGGAGGAGUACUAUCUCAUCCAAGACCCCAGGAAAGCGAAAGGCAUCAUCCGCCUUAUCGCCAGUGGUUGGAGAUGCGGAAAGAAGCACCCCUGAGAAUGCCCCCGUGGCUCAAGACCUAUCUAAGAACCCCAUAGCAGCGCUGUCACCGGCAAUCGUCAUCAGCGCAGUGGAAACCUACAGAAAGAAGUUCCCAAUUACCAAUUUUCUUCAUUACCCCUCUUUGAUCUCCGACAUAUCCUCCAACGUCCACUCGGUAGACCCCGUCUUUGUGGCCUCGGUCCUUUCCUUAUGCGUACGAUUUAUGAAAAGCGAUGAACUCGAAGAAGAAGAAAUCUAUGCCGAUUAUGCACGCAAAAACCUUGCGCAGCGCUGGGGCGCUGGGCGACCAUAUCAAGCUUGGAUGUAUAGCGGCAUGGCGACUUACAUGAUUCAAUCCCUUCUGAAGAUGGCAGAUGACAGCAUGGAACACAAUCCUCAAGAGUUUCAUGCAUCCCAAACACAAUACGAACAGCUGGUCCGGACUUACUGGUGCUGCUUUGCGCAAGACUGCGAGCUGAGCUCCGGAGCCCGUCAGCACUUUGCGCUAUCAUUCUCCCAGAUCUCAGUUCCUCUCCCUAUCAGUGAUCGGGACUUCACGUUUAAUCAUACACCAGCUAGCAGGUUGAUGCCUGCUGAUAUGAAUAAAGACUGUUUGCUAGCGAACGAUCUUACGAUUGAGCAUGGUCUCACAAUUGUCACUCGGGGAUUUGAUAUAUUCGUACGAAUCCUAAGGUUUGCGAACGAACAUCGACGAGCACUCGCUUCUUUGUCUUCGAACGACCCCGCCUCCCCGCUCCUCUUGACUUGGCAGGUCCUCAAGGAGGAACUGGAUGAGUGGAGGUCUCUUCAGGAUAUAACAGUUCGGUUCCCAGCUACCAGCGUUCAGUCUCACGUAGCACUCGGGUACGGAGAGUUGUUUGCCUACAUCAAUCUAGUGUAUUGCAUGAGCAUCCUUUUCCUCCAUCGGGACCGCUUCUUAUCCAACCUCAAGCCCCAUUCCGACGUUUUCCACGACACAAAUGAUGACGCCCAAGGCGAACCCGACACAAUCAAACAGCUAUUUGAAGUCGCCCAGCAGAUCGGAGGUAUCCUCAAUGCACUAGAUGCCUCCGGUGCACCCGUCGUGUCACCGUAUUCGGGCUUCAGCGUCUUCGUCGCUGCUCAUAUCAACAUGUACGGAACAAUCGCGCCACAGCGAUAUCCAGGCGGCCUCAAACGGGCCGAAGAAGAAAAGUGCCGAAACCUCGACUACCUCGAGCGACUCAGUAAACUCUGGCCCGUCGGUCGCAGCUGGUGGCGAACGGUCCAAGAAGCAAAUCGAUUCUACGAAAUGGUCAAGAGUAACCAGGCCCACUCCGAUGAUGGGAUGCACAGUCCCAGGAGAUUCGCCCUCGCGGGUACCCUGGAUGAAUAUGGUGACAUCCGAUCUCGUCCGAGCAGAGACGCGUAUGCGACUAGAGCACGCACCUCUGAAUCCCGUGAUACACACAGCUCUCAUGUCCGUGGAGGGACUUCGUCGUCGCCUGGUCUUGGUGGUGAGAACGGCUUUCCUACUAGAGAGAAUUCUGCACUUGGUGGUCAUCAUGACUUUGAAACUGAUAUGUUUCAAUGGCCGUUUAUUGAUGGGUCAUGGUCCCUUGGGUUUGAUACGGGAUUGGAUGGGUUGUGGUACAACUCGGGGUUGUUUGAUCCAAAUCCGCCUCUUAGAUGA